AUGAAUGACUCCCUGUUUGUCUGUUUGGACAAGCUGUUGCUAGAAUUUGUUUUCCAGUAUGAACAAGAUAAAAGUGCUAAAGAAGAUCUGAUGCAUCGAAUUAAUAAGUGCUUUGAAAAUAUUAAAGAAAACAGAGCAAGUAUUGAUAAAAUACAUGAAACUAUAAACAGUACAGAUGAGGAAAUUGGUUAUUACCAUGAACAUAGUAAGGAUAUCAAGGACAACUGUAAUAACUGGAAGCCAACCUGUGAUGUUUUUCAUAAACAUGAAGACUAUAUGCAGAACCAGUUUGCUUCUUAUCAACAAACUGUUGAGAAUGACAAAAAAAUGUAUGAUACAUAUGUAUGUGAAUAUAAAGAUGUUUUGAAGCAAUACCAACUGAAAUACUCAGAAAUACCCCUUUCACAUGAAUAUUAUGAGAAGAAAAGAGAGCAUGAAGAAAUUCAGAGCAGAGUCUUAGCAAGUACUGAACAACUAAAACAGAAUGAAACAAUUUUUAUUGAGUUUCUAGUGCCGCCUCCCUUUCCAUCAGUUACUAAGUGGACAUUACAUCUGGUUAAUUUGAGAGUUAAAACACAAGAUAUUAUCAAACAAGCCAACAAUGUUUCACAAGGCUCAUCUGAAAUGAAGAAAGAAGUAGAUGAAAUAGAAGUAGAAAUCAACUACUUAAACCAGCAAAUUAAAAAGUUUUAUGAAACUGAGAGUCUUUUAGAAACUCUGGAAGAAAAAAAUAAAAACACAGAAAACAGAGAGGAAUUGGAAGAAAGAAUUUUUGAGAAAGAUGAGCAUGAACAUGUACUUUCAUUGAAUAAAAUAUCUGAAAACAGUCAAUUACUUCCUCCUCAUGAGUCACAGAAAUUGGUCAGAUCAGUAAAGAUACAGUCUUCAGAAGCAAGAGUACCAGAUAAAAAAGAAGAAAGUUUUGCAAAGUGGUCAAAGCUUCCAAAUAUUGACUUCGGACAAAAAGAGGAUGAUACACAGGUAUUUAGUGAUUCUUCAAUGAAUAAACAUUUGAAAUGUUCACAUAUUAAGACAAUUAAAAGUUCUCAAGAUUUUAUGCAGUUCAGGUUGUUAACGCCACAGAAACAAUCAAAUUGCAAUCAGUGGUUUGAAAAAAGAGAUUUAGAUGCUGAGUAUGGAGAAAAAGGAACAGGAAGACAAUUAAGAGAAUUAAAAUGUUCUUCACAAGUUAUAGGUACAGAAAUUUUUGAAAAGCCAGCAGAAAUUAAUAGUGAUGAAGUAGAAGAAAGGACUGAGAAUUUCCCACAAACUCCUGAAAUACCUAUGUUUUUGAGAACUGAAUCUACGAAAACUCCUGAAUCUUUGGAGAAAAUACUGUUCUCUAAAACUCCACCAUUUGAAACUAACAGAAAUAGAAAUACAGUAACUGAAGGUCAUACAAAAAAGGACUCUCCUGGAUUUUCAUUCCUUGCAACGUAUACUUCUAGAUCUCCUGGAUUGAAUUUAUUUGAUUCUGCUAUAUUUGAUUCAGAAAUGCCAUCAGAUCAGUUUGAUGAACAUUCUGCAGUAAAUAUAAAUCCCCUCUCAUCACAACAAGAAAUUGGAAAUUUAUUUGGAAAACCAGAAGGAGAAGAUUCCUUUACAUUCCCUUUUCCAACAGACUCUUCAACUCAUACAUUUGAAACUGGAAAAGAUUAUUUUAGUUUUCCCUUUUCAUUUGAACAGAAUCAAAGCACAAUGCCUUCUACUGUAAAAGGUUUUUCAUCACAGAAUACUUCCUCACAAAAUACAACACAGUUUUCUUUUUUUUGA